AUGAUGACGGUCGAAGAAUCAAACAUCGAUGAUGCCACUCAAGUCAACUACAAGACCUGGAAGAAGAACUCCAAACACCUAUAUGACUACAUACAGACCAGUGCGUUGACUUGGCCAUCGUUGACGCUGCAAUGGUUGCCUGAUGUUGAAAAAGUGGAAGGUCUGACCAAGUCACGAUUGCUUCUCGGGUCUUUUAGUUCAGGUCUUGCUGAAGAACAGUUAAUCAUGCUAAAUUUCAUGAAAGACGCCAGUCCCAGAUCAAGAUUGAAUCCUCAGAAGUACGAUAGUAUAAAAGAAGAGUUUGUUAUAACGGCCAGCAGCGGCCUGAAACCGAUCAAUGUCCAACAAAGAAUUUCUCAUAGCGGGGAAGUCAACAGGGCAAGGUCCAUGCCUCAAAAUCCAGAUUUGAUAGCAACGAUAACGUCAAAUGGAGAUAUCAACGUAUUCGACAGGACGAAGCAUCCCUCCCAACCAACCAAGUUCCAGAGCGAAAUUGAGCUUACUUAUCACAGUAAGGAAGGAUUUGGCUUGAGUUGGAACCCCAGGAAGGAAGCCCAACUGGUGAGCUGUGCCUCAGAUGGAAAGGUCGCUUAUUGGGAUCUGAAUAGAUGGGUCAGAGGAACGUCUAUGUCACCUUCAACCACCAUAUCUGAGUCAGUGGGGUUGAACGAUGUGAAGCACUUACCUAUACACGACUCCAUAAUUGGCUAUGUUGGCGAAGAAUCCGUGUUUAAAAUGCACGACACUAGAAACGAUGAGACGAUAUCACUGGGUCGCGAGUCUCAUUCAGAGAUAAAUUGUCUUAGUUUCAACACAGGUAACGAUUAUUGUGUGGCAACCGGGGAUUCAGACGGUAUGAUUGACAUAUGGGAUAUACGCACGAGGAAAGCGUUCAAGGAAUUUAAAGCACAUGACGAGGAUAUAACAUGUCUGGAAUGGAACUGGAGCAAUCAUGGUAUACUAGCAUCUGGAUCCGGGGACAAGACAUGUAAAAUAUGGGACUUUGCAAACGAAGACGACGAUCAGUUGUUAUUUGUGCAUGGAGGCCAUAUGGCUGGUAUAACAGAUUUGGGCUGGAGUCCCGAUGAACAGUGGAUGUUGGGCACAGUAGCUUACGAUAAUUCCGUGCAUGUGUGGCAGCCUUCUACAGCGUUAGUUUGA